CAAGGACCGGACCCCGCCCUGUCCUCAGUCUGAGUUCCGCAGGGGGAUCAUUGUACAGGAACGGAGAUCACCCACCUUCGAGACGCCUCUCCUCAGCCCUCCCGAGCUCCGUCGUCCCACCCCCUCCCCCAUCCCCGACCUCCACUUCCAAAAGCCUGGGCGCCACAGGCUAGGCGGUAGUUUCCUUUCUGAGCUCACCGGAAGCCCGAGGUCGACCACAGUAUGGCUGCGCGCGCGCACAGGGGUCCUCCAACCUGGGCCGGGCCCUGGGCGCUCGUCUUCCUGCUGCUGAGCUUCCUGCGGGACGUGGGGGCCGGAUCGCACUCUCUGCAGUAUUUCUACUGGGCUGUGACAGAGCCAAGUCCAGGAGUCCCUGCCUUUGCUGCCUCUGGCUUCGUGGAUAACCAACGCUUCAUCCACUACGCCAGUGAGGAGAGGAAGGCUAAGCCUUGCGUCCAGUGGCUGAGGGAGGAGCCCAGUUACUUUGAGGAUGAGACCAAGAUCUUCACAAGUCGAAUGAAGAUUUUCCAGCUAAGCCUGAGAAACGUGCAGCAGUACUACAACCAAACCCUGAGGCCAAGUUCAAAGCCAGAGCAGCCGCACAAGCUGGCAGGGCCCCACACUCUGCAGUUCACAUAUGGCUGUGAACUCCAAGACGACGGUGGGACCACGGGACACUGGCAGUACGGCUACGACGGUGACGACUACCUGACCUUGGAUGUGGACUCUCGGCAGUAUGUGGCAGCCUCACCUCUAGCCCGCUACACCAAGCAGAAAUGGGAGGCCGGCCAGGACCACAUGCAGAGAGACGUGAUGUACUUGACAAAGGAGUGUGCCCUGUGGCUGCACAGAUACUUGGAGCUCAGAGGGGCAAACUCCACGCGCACUGACCCGCCCAAAGCCCACGUGACCCACCACCCCGCCUCUGACAAGGAGGCCACCCUGAGGUGCUGGGCCCUGGGCUUCUACCCCGCGGAGAUCUCACUGACCUGGCAGCGGGAUGGGGAGGACCAGACCCAGGACACGGAGCUCGUGGAGACCAGGCCUGGGGGCGACGGAACCUUCCAGAAGUGGGCGGCUGUGGUGGUGCCUUCUGGGGAGGAGCAGAGAUACACGUGCCGUGUGCAGCACGAGGGGCUGCCUGAGCCCCUCACCCUGAGAUGGGAGCCUCCUGCUCAGCCCACUGCGCUCAUAGUGGGAAUUGUUGCUGGAGUUCUUGGAGUUCUUCUGAUCCUGGGAGUUGUGGUCGCUGUUGUGAGGAGGAGGAAGCACAGCUCAGGAAGUAAAGGAUGGAGCUGAGCAAAAAUGUGAAGGGGGGAGGCGCGCAACCCCUGCAGCAGUGCGUACAGAGCAGUGUGUACAGAGAGUUCACUCAACCCACCAUUCCUUCUGCAGUCUCGUCUCCCUUGGCCCUGACUCAGCCUCGCUUUGGGCCAGGCAGGAACAGUGCUGGCUCUCGUGUCUUGUGAAGCUAAGACACUGGAUCUUUGGUUUGGAUAUUCUGAGUGACCAGCGGGCUGCUGAGUGUGAGCAUUCGCAGUGACCCACCUAGCUUUGUCAUUCCUUCCUUCCACAGCGGGACACGGCUGCCUUACAUCCAAUGUCAGCACAAUGCGUGAUGGUCCCCGGAAGGAGGGGACUCCCAAUGUCAUUGAAAGAAGCUGUAAAAAGGAAUAAAAGAGUUUGUUUUUUCAAA